AUAAUAAAGCUCUAGAUAAAGAAGUUCUAAAUUAUAAAACUCUGGAUAAUAAAGCUUCAGAUAAUGAAUUUCUGGAUAAUGAAGCUCUGGAUAAAAAAGUUCUGAAUUAUAAAGUCCUGGAUAAUGAAACUCUGGAUAAUAAAACUCUGAAUAAUGAAGCUUUAUAUGAUAAAACCUUGAAAUUAUGA